AUGGCAGGGAAGUGGAAGAGACUAGCUGUAAUGAAUAGGAAAAGAAUUAUCUUUCCAAUAGUUGCUGAGGGUCAUUUUGUUGUCUACACUACCAAUCAAAGACGCUUUGUAGUUCCCUUGGCUUAUCUUAGCAAUGGAAUAUUCAAGGAGCUGUUGAGACUGGCAGAGGAAGAGUAUGGAUUGCCGAGUCACGAGCCUAUCAUGUUGCCAUGUGACUUGGUCCUUAUGGAGUAUGCAGUCUCUUUUAUAAGAAGGUAUGCAGAACAGGCAGGAGCUGGAGAAAUAACCAACAGAAAUGGCAAAACAAACUAUCCUGUAGUUCUGGAGACUAAACCUAAACCCAGGAAGCACAACCGGGCUUCAUCCUGA